AUGGGUGAGAGUUUCUACAAUGCUAUUUCUGCCUUCUUCCACUCUAGGGUCAUGCACAAAGGCAUUCCAUUCAUGGUAAUAAUGUUCUUUUAUAGGAGGUCAUUCAUUCAUUCAAGAGGAAAAAAGGAAAAUGAGUGCCAACAUAAUUCAAAGGUUCCAAGGGCUUCACCAACAGAAAUAUCAUUGAUGAACAGUCUGUGGCCUUUUGCUAUAUGUGGAAUUGACUUAAUAGGCUCUCUUCCAAUCAGAAAAGGAGGUGUCAAAUUCUUCAUCGUUGCUGUUGACUACUUCACCAAAACGGUUCAAGCAAAACCUAUGAAUAUCGACACCUCCAAAAAGGCUCUAGACUUUGUCAUCAAAGACAUAGUAUGUUGUUAUGGACAUCCACAUAAGAUAGUGUCUGACAAUAGAAAACAAUUUGAUAGUGAUCACUUCACUAAUUUUGGUGUCAAGCAUGGAAUCAUAAAGAGUUUUUCAGCUGUGGCCAGACCACAAGCAAACAGACAUGUAGAAGCUGUAAAUAAAAUCUUAAAGACCACGUUGAAGAAAAAGCUUCAGGCAUCCAAAGCUCACUGGCUAAAAGAACUUCCAAGAGUUCUUUGGGUAUACCAGACCACAUAA